AUGCCCGGCAAGCGGAGUGGUGACUAUGAGGACCCACAGAAGGUUAAACGGCCUCGCGGGCGGCCUCCCGGCCCCAAAGCCGGGCUGUCGGCUGCGGCGAGGGCGGCGGUGGUGGAGGCCGCCGCGGCUUGGGCAGCGGCCGAGGCCACCCCAGGCGGCGCGGAGGCCAUGGGCAUCCUGCUCCCGGGCCAGACAGGAAUCAAGAGGAGGCGGAGGGUCAUGCCUCUGGAGGACAAGAUGAAAAUUCUCGAGAAGCUGGAAGAAGGCGUGAGUAACACCGACGUGGGGCGCCUGUUUGGCGUCAACGAGUCAACCGUGCGCACCAUUAAGAAAAACGAGAAGGCCAUCAGGGCCAGCAUGGAGAGCGUUUCGCCCGUCUGCUCCAAGGUGUUGUGCAUUCCCCGGGACGUCAACAUCGAGAAGAUGGAAACCGAGUUAACCUUUUGGGUGGAGGACCAGACCAUAGGGGGCCGGCCUCUGACGCUGAAGGCCAUCUGCAGCCAGGCCAAACGCAUUUACAAGCAGCUGGUGGAAACCACUGGCAACGGCAACCCGGAUAAGUUUCAUGCGAGCAAGGGAUGGUUUGAGAAGUUUAGAAAUCGCUACAGCCUGCGAAAUUCGAGGUUGAUGGGAGAGGAAGAACCGUUAAAUGCCCAGUCGGCGCCCAAGUAUUCCAAACAACUCCAGAGACUGAUCAGGGCCAGGGGCUAUGUGCCUCAACAGGUCUUCAACGCCGAGGAGAUGAGCCUGUUUUGGAAGUGCAUGCCCUCACGUACUUUUAGGGAAAAAGACAAAAAUCCCGAAAGCUUAGAGGAAGCCAAGGACAGGAUUUCCCUCAUUUUUUGUGCCAACGCCGCCGGUGACAAAAUGAUAAAACCCUUGCUGCUUUAUAAAGACCCUAAUCCCACUUGUCUUUUGGAAAAAGAUAAAAACCGCCUUCCUGUGUUCUGGCGAUCACACCCCAAAGUAUCACUAACCACUGCCCUCUUUUUGGAUUGGUUUCAUAAUUGUUUUAUCCAUCAGGCCCGGACUUACUUAAUAGAAAAAAAUCUUGAGUUCAGAGUGUUGCUAAUUCUGGACAGAGGUCCCAAUCACCCAGACUCAUUAUUCUUUGCUCAUCCUAAUGUUGAUAUUGUGUUCCUCCCUCUGGAAGGCACUAGCUAUCUUCAGCCCUUGGAUCAGGGUAUAAUUGAAGCAUUCAGGAGGUAUUACACCAAGCAUAUGUUUGACCACUUUGCUGACUGUAUUGAAAAGAACCCUUGUCUUACUUUAAAAGAAACAUGGCAACAGUACAGCAUUGCCGAUGCGUUGGUAGUGAUAAAAGAAGCAAUGGAUGAUAUAAAACCGGCAGCUCUUAAUAAAGCCUGGUGGAAACUUUGGGAUGAUGUUGUGAACGAUUAUGCAUGUUUCCCUAGAGCUAACGAAGAAGUUGCGAAAAUCAUAGAGUCUGCAAAACGGAUGGACUUUAAAUUCUUUGACAUUGAAGAGGGUGAAAUUAACGAACUGCUCAAGUUUCAAGCUUUGGCCAUAACUGAGAGAGAGUCUGUAUCAGUAAAUACAGAAGAAGACAAGUCCCCAGAACCAGAGGUUAAGAUGAAUCUAAGGAAACUGAAUGCUGUCUUACGUCAGGCUUCAGACCUCAUUGAUGCUGCAAUUGAUAUGGAUCCGUUCCUUGACCGAAGUUUGGCCUUUAAAAAAGACUUAAAUAAAUUGUUAUAUACCUAUAAAGAGGUGCAAAAGAACCUUCAGAAUAAAGCAAAGGAGUUGAAGGAGGAAAAAGACACGAACAAAGAGGUAGUGUGGAUGAAGACGAUGGAUACAGAAUCGGAGUCUGAAGGGGAGUCUGAAUCUGAAUCCGAGUCGAAAUCCGAAUCCGAGUCGAAAUCCGAAUCUGAAUCCCACAAAGAGGAGAAGGUAGAGAGAAAGAAAGAGGAUAAGAAGCCUCCAGAAGAAGAUCCUGGAUCCUCAGGCAGUGGCACUGAGACUCUCACUAUAUCUGAAGAAUCUGCCAAAGCCAUAAAUGCAGAAUUGGACUUUUGGAAUCUAACCUUGGAACUGAAUCUGGAGAGAGUAGACGUGCCUGAACUAAAGGAAGAAGAGAAUCCAGAGGCAUUUCUUUCCAAAUGA